UCUACAAAAGGUUUGAAACGUUGUCCUCAGGAAUGGAUAUAUUCUCGUCCAUCUCCCAGACCAUGGGAAGCCAUCUCUGCUCAUUCACCUUCACUUUGCACGCGAGAUCCCUUGAGAUAAUUAUCCGACGCUUUGUCUGUUGAUCGCAUCAGACAUACUCGUUUUCCGCUUCAACUUCCUGUAUCGCGAUGGCAGCGCCAACAGGGGCACAAGCCGGUGACUUAUUUGAGGAACCUGGUGUAUUCCUAGAUGAUACUGAAAUGAAUGGGGUCCCGGAUAGUCCUUCAAUGGAACUGGGAGAAAUCCGUCAAGAUGCUCCCACAAGUCUCAAUGCAUCUACUUCCGCCUAUGGAGCUGAUGACGAACGCUCGGACAUCCCCCGUCCAUCCCAACCACCGCAGGAGCCAAGAGACCGUUCGCAAAGACAACAACCAGACACAACUUGUUACCAGAGUCAUGGCCGCUACAGAUGUCCCUGUAAUUGUGGGUGCGAAGCAUGCUUCUGCGAUGAGCCCUGGCCGGCAGAAGAUCCUGAUCGUACUCCGAGAGCCGUUGAGCCUAUGGUCUUGCAGGCCGACUUUACGAGUUCAGCGGAGAUCACUGCUGAGAAUUUCACGGAUCGGAUUUAUGGCCUUGGCCUGGAUGACUUUAUGGACGUGAUGGACAUAGAGAACAAUCCAUGGGGGACAGCUCGAAGGCGGUACCGUCUUUCAGGGGGUUACGGUCGAUACCCACAAAUGAGAUGGGAUAUGUCUUCUCCAGACCUGCCUGAGUAUCAUCCUCAAUGGAGAUACAGGGGCCGAUAUUCACCGACUUUUCAAUACAGUCCUGAUUCUGACGGAACCCAAUAUCUACCUCCCAUGUUUCAUAUGCAUAACCAUCGCCAUCGUUAUCGUGACAACCGCAGGCGCUAUCAAAAUCAGACAUCUCGCCCGAAUAAUGUGAGCUUGAUGAGCCAACUAGCUCGCCCGAUUUCAUAUUCCUUGGAUCUUCUCCAUUUGUUCGCUACGUUAGUGAUCCUGUACGGAGCUGUGCGGCUGUAUCUUUUUGACCUUCGUCUGAAUACUACUAUAGCAUUUCCAUGAAGGGUGAUCUCUACUUGAUGUUAUUUCGGGGAUUUGUGGUAUCUUUGGUUUUAUUUUCGGGUGGUUU